UCCUGUAUUAUCAAUUUGGCUAUAGCAUUAGUUGUAGUGCAACCUUUAGUUAAAACUCUUGUGGCCUGGUUCUCAACAAAGAUGAAUACUUCUAUCCUACUGUUUAUUGUCAUUGCUAUGGCAGCCAUGGUGUCUGCUGGAUCUUACGGCCAUUACGGUCAUCACAGCCAUCAUAGUCAUCAUCAUGGUGUUAAGUCGUGUGUGCCAAGAUGCCAGUGUCCCUCCGGACAAUAUAUGAGUGUGAGCCAGAACAAGUGUGUCUCAAGAGUACAUCAUCAUCAUGGAGGAGGAUAUCAAGAGAUAGCAGCCAUUAUACAAGAUAUUGCAGAAAUGGAAGCCCGUGCUUAUCUGAUGAAGGGUAAUGAGAUCACUACCAACCAAUUACUUAGAAUAGGCUAAGGUUGCGGCAGGACCCUGGAGAAAGAGUGUUUUUUUACUGGAAAUGACACAAAUGAACAUGAACUGUAGCUAAUAGUUUUACAAAUUCAAUUUAUUUCAGUCUCAUAAUUAGUAUUUUAUAGAGACCAUGCAGUCGUGCGUGUUAGCUCUUAUAGCUCCUCUGUUACUGGUUGUAUGAUUUUUGUCCUUGUUAAGCUAUACCAUGCAACCACAAUAAAUUAUUAGUUUAUAGUUCA